AUGGAUACAAGAAUGUGCUGGAGUCGGGAGAACUACGGAGCAGGAUGCCGGUGGGAGUUGUACAGUGGGAUUGUGAGGGCUCAGCCAAAGGAGGAAUUGAGGGGGGACUGUGCAAGGAGCUGUGAUGGGGAUGAAAUCCUCACAAAGGAAGCGUUGAAGAAGAAGCGUAUUGGAAGCAGCAGAGAGAUAUUGACCACAGCAAGGAACUCACUUGGUUUGGCAGCCAUGAAGCGAGAUUUUGUUUUCCCUCUUCUCCUCAUUGGUCUCUUUCUCUUCGAUCAAUCCAAUGCCUCAUACGGAGGGUUUUGCACGACUCGCCUGAGCUUGAACCUGAGAGGAGGAGCGGAUGCCGGCGUCCCAGGCCUCAACAUGGAUGCGAUGAACUCCAUGUUCACAAACCCAGCGUUCCAGCAGAUGGCUCAGAACUUGAUGAACAACCCUGAGUUCAAGCAGAGGAUGGACGACAUGAUGAAGAAUGAGACCCUGAUGAAGGAAUAUGCCAAGAUCGGAGAACAGGCAUCCGCCUCCUCCUCUUCCUCUACCUUUUGCUGA